AUGUCAAGCGCCGCGGGCGGCAACAAUGAACUUUUGUUCGCGUUGGAUCAACUCCUAGCAAAGUACUUCGAUGAGAAAGAUGGUUCUGCGAGGGAGAAGACAUCGCUUGACAAGUUCUGGGGCACGUACUCGCGCGCGAUGCAGGACGAGGAUGAGGCGCGGCCGAAGGACUGGGACGGAAACACCGGCAGCAUAUUGACCUUUACUGGUCUGUUCGCUGCUACCGUCGCAGCCUUUGUGAUCGAGAGCUACAAGUCGCUCUCCCCAGACUCUGGCGACCGGACUGUAGCGCUUCUCACUCAGAUCCUCGCCGCGUCGACCAAUGCAUCAUCCAGUCCUGUCAUUGGCCCUACGUUGAUUGAACCGUUUCAUGCGCCGAUGUCAGCCAUCAUCGCCAAUGCACUCUGGUUCUGCAGCCUCGUCGUCGCGCUUGCAUGCGCUCUUCUGGCUACAUUGGUCCAACAGUGGUCUCGCGACUACGUGCGCGACAUCAAGCAGCGGGAUAUACUCGACGAAAGCAUGACCAGCCGCGCCUUGAACCAUGUCUACAUCCGCAUGGGCGUGGACCGCUACGGGAUGGACGGCGUUGUGAACGUUAUCGUCGCUCUCGUUCAUCUGGCCGUUAUGCUCUUUGCCGCCGGUCUACUGCUGUUUCUCUUCCCCAUUAACGAUGCGAUAUCGUGGUGCACCGUGUCUGCACUUGCUAUCUUCGGCGCCGCAUACCUCAUUGCGAGCGUUCUACCGAUCUUCGACACAAGUUGCCCGUACAAGACGCCUCUCACGUACCCUCUCAGCUUGGUCCAUCUAUUCCUCGUUCGCAUCUCUCACGUGCAAAUCCCAAGGAAACGGAGGAUACCACGUCGGAUGUUCGACUUCAUGUCCUUCCCGCGCUUCCAGUUUAUAUGGAAUCAUACCAGUCGCCAUCUCCUACUUUCGACGGACGGCACCUCCACUCAAACAUUAGUAGACUCGAUGUCAGAUAUCCUAGCCAACAUGCAUGACCCCUCUGCCCGCGAUGCUGCGAUCGAUGUACUAUUGAAUGACAGCCUUUUUUCCUACCGGCUCGACCACGUACGCUUAUCGGACACAUCAGACUCCGGCCGUUUACGCGAUACCAGCUUGAACAUGGCCUGUCUCCUACUGCAAAAGUGUUAUCUCAGGAAAGAUACCUGGGACAUUGACGACUGGAAAACAAAGCUGAGCGAAUACCUCAGAGUGAUACUAUCGUCAAGCUACACGCCGGGCGCGCACGAUCAUCAACAUACUCCAGUCAGUCUCCGCGCGUCCCUCGCGCUGCUCCGCGUACGCUGGUUCUUGCUGCUCGAUUGCGAGACAACUUCUUAUAUAGGCUCGGACUUCAGCAUUGCGGAGUUCGACGCGCUGUACUUCGCGCCGGAGUCUAAGGGCGGGCAUUGGCGGUCGAGAGUGCUGCACGAUCAAAGGAUGAUCGAGUAUCCAGAGACGCUCCUUAUCCUGAUGAACUCGCGCCUUUACAAUCGACUGGAGACGCCCAGCACCAGGGUCAGCGAACACGAAGACGCGGGCUCGUGCUUGGUACCUUUGCAUGACGGCGAUUGCUGUACCAGUCGAAACGGCCCAUCGACACACGUCGCAGCCUGCACAGUCCUAACGCUCAUCACCCACAUCCUACGCGCAUGGAAACAUAGCGACCGCGAUCCUCAACUCAUCGACACGCUAUACUACGACGUACCCUUAUGGGACCGCGGCAUAUCGUUCACAAACUGGCACCGCGUCUUCAAGAUGAGCGACGCUGAACGUCAUUGCGCGCCAUCUGACCAGUUCAUAGCCGUACUACGAGACGCCGGGUUGGACGAGUGGAUGGGGCCGGGUGGGAAUAUCGCGUUCCAGCCAUCACCGAGGUCGCCGAUGGGCCGGCUUUUGUACUGUGUCAUUGACCCGCACGCGCCGGACGUUACUCUUGUGGAUGUCCUUCGGACUCUCGCUAUGCAUGUUGAUCUUAGCGGGGCUCGCUCAGAUCACGACCGCGAUCCACCCUUGAAGCUCUUGGAAGACUCCGUACCAGCACCGUCUACCUCGCGUGAAGAAGGCAGAUACAACGCCGCCGAUCACUCUGUCAACGCGACAUCAGCAGAAAGAUACGAUACAAGACGCUCAGCACACGAUGACGUCAGUAUUAGACUUCAAGAAGUCGUCGUCGAGAGGACGGCCGUUGAAGGCGCGAGAGAUGGAUAG